UGCAGCUGGGAGCCGCAAACAUCGAAGCACCAUAAAGAUCAGAGAGCUGCAAAAUAACAGCCACACAAAUAAUAUGGAUGAAGUUUCUGUGGAUGCUGUCACUCUGGAUCUAUUGAGAGAAGCCAGAGAGACGGUGAGGAGCAGCCCGCUGGGUGUCAUCAACACUCCCAUGAUCCCCUGGUGUCAGACCACUCUGCCGCUCAGCAUCAACUGCAACAUCCACAUCAAACUGGAAAACCUGCAGAGAACUGGGUCUUUUAAGAUCAGAGGAGUAGCCAAUCAGUUCGCCAGGAGACCGAGGGGCGGCCAUUUUGUCACCAUGUCUGCAGGGAACUAUGGGAAAUCUUUUGCGUACGCAUCAAAACACUACGGGUCGAAGGGCAAGGUGGUGAUGCCAGAAACUGCACCAGAGUCCAGAUCCGUCCUGAUACAGAGUUUCGGUGUGGAGGUGGAGCGAGUCCCGACAUCCUGCCUGAUGAACGUGGUGAACCGUUGUGUUCAUGAGGACAACAUGACCUUCCUGCACUCCUACGACGACCUGGAUCUCAUCGCCGGACACGCCAGCCUCGGUAUGGAGCUGCUGGAGGUGAUGCCUGAGCCUGACGUGGUAGUGGUGUGCUGUGGAGGAGGAGGGCUGCUGGCCGGAGUAGCUGCUGCCAUCAAACUGUCGGGUUGUGAUAAAACCAGGAUCUACGGUGUGGAGCCAGAAGGAGCCUGCACGAUGUACAAGAGCUUCAUUGAGAAGAAGCCAGUAGGGAUGGACACCAAGAGCGUCGCUUCAGGGCUUGCUCCACCUUUCGCAGGCAGGCUGCCCUUCGAGCUGUGCCAGCGCUACGUGGAGGAGAUCGUCCUGGUUAGCGAUGACGAGAUCAAGUCGGCGGUGUCAACGCUCUACAGGUCUGGACUCGUAGUCGAACCUUCAGGCUCUGCUGCCUUCGCUGCCAUUGUUAACGGCAAGAUACCCGAACUGGAGGAGAAGAACGUCGUGUGCAUCCUCAGUGGAGGAAACAUUGGGAAAGACGAGCUCGCUAACUUUCCAAACUGACAAAUUCACACGACUAUAGUGUGAUUUCUUGCAAGUCUGUGCCAAUAUGGCUUUACUUUAUCAUGAUUUGUGUCUUGGAGUGUCGCUGUGAUUCAAUGCUGAGCCUAAAGUCAGAGUUUUCAAUGUCAGGAAGGUGUCUCUCGUCUAACUUACUAGAUCACCAUGGUAACUGAUGCUGCACAGCUAACCUCUUCAGAGUUUUGGAUUUAAUUCAGCUGUAAGAAGAGUCUCCCCUUUUCACCAAUUCUUUUUCUGAUCAUAUUCUCUAUGAGCAACUCAGAUUCUCAGCUGAGGGAAUAUCUGCAGACCUGUUGAGCCGCAUGUUAGUAGAAGUUAAAGUAGGCAAACCAAAUGUGAAUCUACAUUGAUUCAGGUGGUGAUGCAGAAAAUGCAUAAAUUAGUUUUCAUGCUUGGUCCUUGUUUGCUGCAAAGUCCAUUUUACACUGCUGUACUGCAGCUAAUGCACACAGAUUAAACAUUUGAUUUGUUUAUUGUAUUUAUCACAGAAAAUAAUCAAUCAGUAAUGCUUUGAUUUGACCAAAAACUAAAGCAAAAACCACAUAUCCUGCAUUAUAGGACUGUGUCAGACCUAAAUGCACUUCUUGAGCAACAUGCUUCAGAGCUCUAAUGUGCAGCUGCCAUGAUAGAAAUAAGCAGCUGCAUUGAAAAUGCAAUUGAAAGUCCUCAUCAAAGCAAAGCGAGUCAAAAGUACAUCCUAAAAUGAAUGCAAGCUGUUCAUGAAUUAUGAUAUUGUAGAUUUUCUUGAAUACAGGUAGGUGACUGGAUAUUCCAGUACAUAUAAAUAGAUGAAUCUGAUACUGAGUGCUGUAAUUUUUGACCCAAUUUGUAGUUGCAACAUCUGACACAGUAAUUCUCUGCCAUUCGAUUCAUCUAUGCAUUUCAUUUUUGCAGGACCAACCUUCAAAUAAUAAUUUUCAUAGUAAUAUGCCAGUUGACACCGGUGUUGCUUGACCACAGAUUUAGUAUGUUUUUAAAAAUUUUUUAGACUUAAAAAAAAAAAAAAAAAAAUGCUUUUCUUCAAAUUGCAUUCACCACAUAUGAAUAAGACGGCCAAUCUUUUUAAUACAUCUUGGAUAGUGGAUCAUUAAGUGAUGCUUGGGUAUCAAUUUCUUGCCAAGGUACAAAGUUUUGAACAUGGUAUGGUGAUCAUAGAUUAAAUGCUUUAGGUAACAUAUACCAUCAGUGAGGACAGGGGAGGACACUAUAUUCACAAUUUGCAACAAAAGGAGCGCAAACAUCCAGUGAUUAUUUUCCCUUUCAACAGCAUCACCAACUAUAAGGGGGGUAUUGCGGAGACUGAAUGGCAUUUAAACCUAAGUGCUUGCUGUUCUGGCAGAGCAGGAUCUUCACUAAGUGCAUUACAAUGUUCAAUGUGAAGCUCUCUAGAGCACAGAAUCAGCCCAGGUUCAUCCUCAGUAAAUACAGACUGAAUGUCUUCCUUAUCAGUCAGGCAGAACCUACAGCAGUGUGUUGCACUGAAAGAUUCCACAAAGCCUAGCAGGCCAUUUAAAGCAAGAUUAUCCCCUGUGACUUGAAUCACAGAGCCAAACAAUGGUUCUUCAAUGAAUGGAAGUUGGAUUCCUUUUGUUUUGAAAAUUUUUAAAUUAUCAGUCAGAGGGUUAAUAUUUCACCAAACCCAUAUUUUCUUAAGUCUUCUGUGUAGAAAAGAGCUGCUAGAUGUACAUCCAUUAACACAGAGUUCACCUUUGGUGAGAGGUUUUUUAAAGUAAAAUAAACACAUCCAAGUUUUUGGA